CAAUAAAGUUUACGACAGGUUUUAGUAAAAAACCAUCGUAGUUAAAAAUAAAAUAAAAUACAAAACGCGUCCUCCCACCUUCUCAUUUCGCCAACCCUAGUUCUUGAACCUUCUCAUUUCGAGAACAUCAAGGUCUCCACCUCCUUCUCAUUCGUCACCGCACUCACCUCCCCUUUCCCUCCCUCAAACGCACAGUUUCAAGAACCCAACGGUGCAACCCUUUUAGGUCCACUCCUCCAAUUCCUACAUGAGACCGUGCCGAUUAUUGUGACUGAAACUGGCUGGCCGAGCUCCAGCGCCGCCGCUAACAAGUUCAACGCAAAUUUAUGGUAUGCCGAGAUAUACCUCAAGGGGCUCGUGAAGCAUCUUAAAUCUGGAAUGGGAACGCAAUUGCUGAAAGACGGUGUGACAGAGGUUUUUGUUUACGAGAUGUUUGAUAAGGAGGAAGGAACAACAGGGAGGAGCUGGGGGGUUCUCUUCCCUAACAGAACUGCAAAGUACCACUGCGUCGAUUUCUCGUGCUCCUCGGUUGCUUCUGGGAGUCUUCAUAUCGCGGGAAUCAUUGCAGAGUCGCAAGGGGCAGAUUCCUCGGACCAUGUAUACACCAUUGUGGAAAACAUGGCUGAGACAAGUAAGAAUGGAGCCAGUACUGGUUGUGCUCAGGAACUUCUAGGAGGUGAAGAGGAGGAAGAGAAAUCUGUGGUAUCGGUGGAAAAUCAACUUCGUAAGGAAAUGACUGUAUAUGAGAAAUUUAUCCUGGGGAUGCUCACAAACUUUGGUAGCAUGGCAUUAGAUCGAAUUCACAAUACUCGAUUUCUUAGAAUUGGCAUUGCAGUUUGGAAUGAUUUUGAUGUUUUCUUGCGCAUUCCCACCUGCAUUUGCUUUUGCUGCUGUGGUAUAAAUGCUUUUAUCUAUCUCCCUUUUUUGCACUUGCUUUUGCUUGCCUUCACUAUUGCUAUAAAUGCUCUUUAAUUCAUUUUGGGCUUUUAUGACCGUGUCAGGUUUUUCUUUCUUUUUUUUAAGAGGCAAGCGGUUAGGUAAUAUAUAUGACUUUCAAUGAAAAGGAAAAUGGACUAGACUAGAGGCAUCAUUUUCUUAAAAUAAUAAAAUUGGGACACUUGGCACGCACUCAUGGAUAGUGAUUGAAUAAUAGAACUCUAGAACUAGAAGCAUGAUUCAUGAUUAGUUGAACAAUAUGACAAACAACUAGAAGAAAUAUUAGAGAUGUGUUAGUUUCUUUCAAGGCGUGAGGCAUGCAUUGCAUUUGCUGCUCUCUUGGAUUAUAAAAUAUUAUUAGUAAAUUCUCUAGGUUCUUCUGUUUGAGUGUGAUGAGUUUGGAUAUAGACCUCACUAAAUUUUUAUAUACAUAUUUAUAAUUAAUUUUUUUAAAAGAAAACACUGACUUCAGUUAUUAUGAAUACUUUGGGGUAUUGACUUUGAUGACUUGUUACAUGAUGCA